CCCACUCGAACCGAUAGGAAUCCGGGCUUGCACCGCACCAAACUCGCCAUGCCGGGCCUGCCACCCCCGCCGGCUCCGUCACCGCUGAUGAAGAAGCGCAUGGCCUCCGCUUCCAAGUCGUCGACAAUGUCGUCGUCCUCGUCCAACGGGCUCCUCCCCCCUCCCCCGCACGUCACAAACAACCACAACAUUGUCAACAACGGUAGCAGCAGCCCCCAGAGGCCCGYGGGCCACACCCCUUCCACCGGCUACUCCCAGAGCCUGGCCAAGAGCAUGACCAUCGACGAGAUGAGRGCACUGCACAAGCGGGCCCUGGGGGACGCCGAGGCCAAGCAGACGGARCUCCGGCUGGUCCUGGCCUCCCGGUACCGGGAACUCGUUGGCAGCAGCGACGAGGUGACCAAGAUGAGGGAGCGGGCCGGGGAGCUCGACGGCCUGGUCUCGGCGCUCCCGGGCCUCAUGGAGAGCCUCCUGGCCGAGGCGUCGCCGGGAGCGGAGGGGUUCGAGCGGGAACACAGCAAGGCCGGGAAGGAAUCCCCUCGGGAGGAAUCCGGGGCGGACGGUCCCCGCGGGGCCGCCCUGCGGCUCCGCGGGAGCCUCUCCAAGCUCCCCCGGGAGGUCCACCGGGCCCUCGACCGGGGCGACGUCUACGGGGCCACCGCCUCGCUCGUGGAGCUCUUCCGGGAGAUCGCCGGGCACACCGACGAGUACCCCCUCGCGACGGCCCUGGCGCCGCAAGCCACGCCCCGAGCGAAGGGGGUCUCCCCCCUGCUGGAGGGGGACGUCCUCCUGCGGGCCCAGGCGCGAAUGACCGUCCUGCACGUCCAGACCCUCCCGGUCAAGAUAAGCCGGAUCUCCCGGUCCGUCCUCGACGCCCCGGCCUCCUUUGCGAGGGACAAUGGUUCGGAGGCCGUUUCUGCAUCUUCCGCAGAAGCCGUAGAGCCCAAGCACGGGGCCCAGCGGUCGGCGGCCGCACUGGCGGCCCUCGACAUGCUGUCCAUCGAGCCGUCCUCCACGACGACGACGACGACAAUGGCAUCGCCGCCCAAGCCGCGGGACGCCGAGCUCCUCGAUGCGUACUACGAGGCCAAGGCCGGGCUCCUGCGAUCCCUCCUCGACCAGCUCCGGAACAGCGGAACGAAUGGCGAAGGCACGGAUCGGGCUCCCCGGGCAAACAACGGCACCAGCAGCGACAACAACAACAACAACAGCAGCAGCAGCAGCGGGAACACCACCUCCAACGCCGAAGACAUUCUUUCCAAGAUUGUUCUGAUUCUCCAGUACGACAUUGUUCUCCACCCCUACCAGAUCUUUGUCCUCCGAAAAUUCCCCACCACCGGUGGCGGCGACAAGACCGAAAUGAUGAAGUCCCUGCCGAUCUUUCCGGCCGCCGCCGUCCGGGCAAAGACCUCCGGUUUUUUGUCCGCCCACCUGCCCCUGAUCCGGACCAAGGUCAAGAGCGUUCUGGUCGAGAUUGCCGGAACGACGGCAUCAGCCCUCGGAAAGAUACGCCAGUCCCUCUACGACAAGACGGACGGGAUCGAGUGCACGGAACGCCUCAACGAUACGGACGGGAUCUGCACCUGGGACGAAGCCGUCGGCGGCGUGGUGGACGUCCCGACCGUCCUCCUGGGAAUCGGUGGAUCGGGGUCCUCUUCCGCCGAGCCGGCGUCGGCGUCGCCCGGCACUUCUGCCCCGGCCGGGACCGACCGAAAAUUCUCCCUGUGGGGCGUCCUGUUCUCCAACACCUUUUCCUCCCUGGUCCACUCGCUGCUGACCAGCUCCUUCCAAUCGGUCCACACGAAACUCGUCUCGACGCUCCGGCUCUCCCUCACCAACGCCCCCCCUCUCCGGGGGAUCCUCCCCCACGAGGCCUACCGGAACACCCUCCACAUUGCCUCCCAGCUCGACACGGCCCUGCUGAAAGUCAGCGAGGACGCCCACGAGCUGCUGGUCCACGCGGAGGAACGCGUCGAGAGCGAGCGCCGCCUGCGCCAGUCCCUCUACGUCCAGACCUGCGAGAUCAUGGGCCGCCUGAUCUGCGAGCUCCGCCGGAUGCUCCUGGACACGAAUCACAACAGCAACGGCAGCAGCAACCAUUCACCGGCUUCCGAGGGCUACGAUGCCGUCAAGCAGCUGAUCGUGGGCAGGCUCUGCCACCUGCUCAAGUUUCGGCUCACCGCGCUUUCUACGCUCCUGGACCCGAACUCGUCUCCGGCCGUCCUCCACCAGCAGAGCGGUGGAAUGAUAUCCAUCGCGGAGCUUUCCUCGGCCUUUGAGCUGGCCGACGACAAGGACAGCGGCCUGAUUACCUUCCGGGAAGCGAUGGAGGCCGUCGACAGCGCCUUUUCCGGGACGCACUUCCACGGAGCCGAAAUGGUCCGCGAGACCCUGCUCCUGCCGGCGGCCGGGAGGGACCAGCGAGGGACACCGAACCCGGCCGAUUCCGGGUCGGUGGUCACGCCCGGGGACGUGACGCUCGACGAGCUGACCCUCCUGCUGGCGAGGGGGCUGAGGCACGAGGCGUCGGGGGGGCACAGCGCCCUGGGUGCCAUCCAGAAUUCCCUGGACCGAAUGGUCGAGAGCAGCUUUCGGAACUGGGCGAGGGAGGUCCUCCGGCCAUGUUCGGCGUCUCUGUCGGAGCAGACGAAACGCUUCGUGGUCGCCGCCUGCUCGUCCCCGGAGGAAGAGUUCCGGCGGCUGUACGCGUCUUCCGAGGCGGCGGCAUCCCCACAAGGUGCCGUCGUCACCAACGUAUCUCCCCACGUUAGCGGCUACCUGAUGGACAUCUCCUUUGUCCUCAAUCGAUCGGUCUGUCCCUCGGAUUCGCUGCUCCCCGUGCCUUCCAGGGACUACGCCGUUGCCAUGGGGGUCGACGGUGCCUCGAUCCCCCGCAUGAUCGAUACGAUUCGCUGUGCCCUGCUCCGGGAGGGAUUCGAGGCAUCUACGUCCGUGCUGACAAGGCACCUCGGGCCGGCACUCGAUGGAACGUCGGCUCCCCUCCUUUCCGAGAGCGGGCCCUCGGGGAUCGCACAAACCAAGAACGAUCUCUCCUUUCUCCAGGCCUGCUUCUUUGAGCGCAACCAGUACGGUUUUGGAAGCGGAGCCUCGGUGGAGGAUUCCAAGGGGGAGCUCGCCAGCAUUGUGCGGAAAACGGAUCAUUUGUUCCGCCGUUCCUGCAACCGCACAACGGUCCAGGUGAUCGGGGAAAAGCGGAAGCACCUCUUGGAAGCGGGAGACCUGUUUUUUUCGUCCCUCUUUGGAAAGGACAAGAUUUCUUCGGAGGCCGCUCCGGUAGGCGGGUUUGGUUUUGAUGCCUCCUCGCAGGCUGGUGUUGGUGUCGGAAACACAAAGACACCCCUCUUCCAUCCACCACUGGAGUCUUCCUGCCGGUUUCCGCUGCUGCCUAUCCAGGCCGAUCGGACGCUCAGUGGCGUCCAGGCCCGUGGAAAGUACAAGGAAAAGGAAGAAAACGAGAACCACAGUCAGAAACUGGGGAGCGGUACCGUGCGAGCGGGAUUCGGCUUCUUCAGCUCGAUGCUCAAAACAGGCAGCUGAUCCGUCCGCUGCAGGCAAGCGUCGCUCGGACGAGUGUUUGUGCCAGGAUAGCAAAAUUAUU